AUGGAUGACACCUGGAGGUCCAUUCGCAUCUGUGUUGCAUUUAUUGCCUUUUGCAGGAUGAUGUUGGACGUGGUGCUGUUCUGGAAGGCUAGACUCUUUUCAUGGUUGACGUCAGACAGGAAGAAAAAGCUGCGACAAUCUCUGGCCUCGGCGCAAGUAUACGAAGAAUGGGAGGAAGCUGCCUUGGAGUUGGAUAAGCUCCUCUACUCGGAUGCAUGGCGAGACAACUACGCAAGCCGACACUAUGAUUAUCGGCUGAUCAAGGGAAGACUGGAAGCGUUGAGGACAGCUAAACGGACCAACGACAUCUUGAAUCUCGUCAACCUGCUUCGGUCGGGCCUGGUGCGUAACCUGGGCAAUAUCACGUCGCCCAAACUCUACGUUCACGCCUACAUCGGCACGAAGCUCUUGAUCACCGAAUACGUCACUGAGGUCGCGCGUGCCAUCCAGCAUGUGACGGCAUUGGAAACGACCCCGAUUCACGAGAGCGGAUUCACAUCCCAGGCGAAGCUGGAGUUGUUGCACGAUACGCGCCAGGCGUUCGGACGAACGACCUUAAUCCUUCAAGGCGGAUCUGUCUUCGGAAUGUGCCACCUCGGCGUGGUCAAAGCACUGCACUUGCAGGGUCUUCUGCCCAGGAUCAUUACCGGAACUGGCACGGGGGCCUUGAUUGCUGCUCUAGUUGGGAUUCACACCGAAGACGAGUUACUGACGUUCCUCAAUGGGGAUGGCAUAGACCUAACUGCAUUUGAUCGUCGACGAGGGAGGGAAAUGUCCAAUGGCCACGAUCAGUGGCUGUGGCAACGAAGCCAGGACGGCUGGCUAUGGAUUCUUUUGCGUCGUAUCAAACGGUUCGUCCAGAAAGGCCAUUUCUUCGAUUCCGGGGUGCUUGAGGAAUGUGUGCGAGCGAACCUCGGCGACCUGACCUUUGAAGAGGCGUAUGCCCGCUCCAAACGUAUUCUGAAUAUUACGAUUGCUACGUCUAGUAAGACGGGGGCUCCGAAUUUGUUGAAUUACCUGACAGCGCCGAACGUGUUGAUAUGGUCUGCUGCCGUGGCUUCUAAUGUAUCUAGUAGCUCAUUGUACCAGCCAGUCACGAUCUACUGCAAGGACGAAACCGGCUCCAUUGUGCCAUGGCCAUAUUCCCAAGACGUCACUUUCCAGCCCUGGCGGCACGUCCAAUAUAGCGAAGGGGAAUCGCCCCUUUCCCGUAUCGCCGAGCUCUUCAACGUCAAUCAUUUCAUUAUCUCGCAGGCGCGGCCAUACCUCGUUCCAUUCCUCAGCUCCGAAUCGGAGCUUCUUGACCAGCGACCCGUGGGCCGCUGGAAUUUCACACGGACCCCGAUGCGCCUGGUUGUGGCGGAAUUCCGCCACCGCUUGAAGCAGCUGAGCUUCCUCGGUCUCCUGCCCCAGUCGAUCGGCCGGCUCCUGAUCGAGGAAACCAUCCCCGGUCCUAGCCUCACGCUAGUCCCCGAUCUCGCCUGGAGCGACUUCACCAAGCUGUUCGAGAACCCGACCAAGGAGGGUCUGGACCACUGGAUUUUGAAAGGCGAGAAGGGGCUGUGGCCGGCGGUGAGCGCCCUGUGGGUGCGAUGCGUGGUGGAGGUCGAGCUGGAUAAAGGGUACCAGGUCGUGCGGCGCCGACGGCCGUCCGAGACGUACUACCCGGGUGCGAACGUUCCCACGCCAGGGCAACGACGCAUGCCAAACGAAGGGCUUCCUCGGAGACGCAGAGGGUAUAGUAUAGAUUACGGACGGGACCCGGUCGCUGUGCUUGGGACAAUGGAGUACCAAGAGGAUGAUUCCAAUCCGUUAUAG